ACCACACACAGAUUCGAAACGAUAGCUACCAACCACUAACAGGCAGCAUCAAUAAAUCUUCAUGUCAGAAUGUCCUGCCAGGUCGUCUCAACCGACCACGCUACAGUUGUUAUUCAGAUAAACCCACAGGUGGUUCAAGACAGUGCUGAAGGACAAGAAGAAACAGGACCGUAUCAAAAUGCUGUUCUCAAAAAUUUUCUUAAAGUACAGCCAAAGUCAUUAGGGACUGUGCAGAUUCUGACUGGAAUUAUGAUUUUCCUGUUUGGUAUUGUGCUCUCCAUCGAUGCCAGAUAUGAUGAAAUAAUUAUCCGCAUUGGCAUAACCUAUUGGGGAUCCCUCAUUUACAUCAGUGCUGGAUCUUUGUCUGUUGCUGCAGAAAAUAAACUCCAUUCCUGUGUGGUGAAAGCCUCACUUGGAAUGAAUGUGUUCAGUGCCAUAACUGCAGGGAUAGCCAUUAUUCUGAUAUCCAUACAAUUAUCAUUCAGAUAUUUAUAUUGCAGCUAUCAUUAUGGAGAUGAGACAUACUGUUUAAAAAUAGAGGGGACCAUUGGAAUAUUGCUGGUGUUCUCCAUCCUUCAGUUCAUCGUCUCUGUUUGCAUCUCGGCUUUUGCCUGCAAAGCCACAUGCGACACAUUCUCUUCAAUGGUCAAUAUUUCACUAAACCAGUCAAGGGUUACAGAAGAAGAAACCUCUACGCUAAACAAACCACAACUGCCAAAAAGAAACUAGCAAAAGACACCCAGAGUCACAGUGAUGGGACUCCAUGGUCUAAAGGUUGCAAAGAUUUCAGUUUAUAUAGUGUAUUCCCAUUUCCCUUGAGAACCUAUCAUCUCCGAGAAGAAUUUUAAAACACCAGUGGGCUUGGCGAAUGGCACACGCACACCAAUCCCCGCCCCGUGCAUACGGGUAUAAAAGGGAGAUGGCGGCGGCCAUUCAUUCAUCCUUUGUUCUUCGGAACCUGUAUACCCGUAUACACGGGCCGGGGAUUGGUGUGCGUUUGCCAUUCGCCAAGCCCAUUGGCAUUUUAAAAUUCCUCUCGGAGAUGAUAGGUUCUCAAGAUCAAACCCCAGUCUGUCUCUUAACACAACGUCUCGUUCCCUCCAUCAGGGAGGGAAGAUUUUAUGUUUUGGUAGAGCAGAAAAUUGAAAAAUGAUCAUUAUGUAUGUUAUAUGGAGGUAAAAGUAUACUUUUACUGAAUAUUCAUUUUGCCAAAUCAAAUGUUUUUACAUACUUUUUUAAACCCUGAAAUUGUUUUGUCUCUAUUAAUGCUCUACAGUCCUACUUCUCAUUACAACAACUAUUUAGUUUGUUUAAAUAAGACGUUUUCCUAUUUCGUCCCAGUGUUUUUGGUGACUGACCACUAUAAAUGUGCAGGUUUCCUUUUCAUUAAAAUGCAGCAUUUGUCAAUUUUGCUAUUGUCAAGGCUUUGUUAUUUGCAUUACAUUUGAUAGUGUUAUUUUGGUGCUAUUCAGCACUUGUAUUACUGUCUUUACUGUGUUCCCAGUUACAUCUUAUACCUUGAAAAUAUUUUAUCCUCAAAUGAGCCUUUCAACAAUGAAAUCAUGUUGAUGCUUUGUAAGCUCUCUGUGGCCCAUUGCUUUAAUUAUCAAUGAUAUUUCAUAGCUUGUAACUUUUUUGUAACAUAGCUUGUAGAUGAAAGCUGCAGAAGUUCUGAUAUGAUAAAGGUUUUUCCCAUAAGGGAAUAAUCAAGAAAAAUGAAACUGGAAGUCAUUUUUGCAGACAGAAAAAUAAGGUCAACCGAAUCUUUUCACCAUCAACCUGUCACAACCAAUGGUGCCACACACAUUCUGAAAUGUUGAGAAUAAAACAUUUUGAUCAACCUCUGGUGGCUGGCUCCAGUCAAAAACUCCACCCUCUCCAUGUAAAGGAAUGGUCUGUGCGCCAAACUAACACAUUCUUCACAUGCAUUUUUUAUGAAGAUGGUUUCUGUCAUUUCAGUUAGUUCAUGCUAUGUAUGUAAAAAAACAAGGGGUCAGGUAAUGUGGUACAGCUCUUAGUGCAUUGACAUUAAAAAGGACAAAACUACAUUGAAACAGUAAAAGGAACAUAGUAUCUGGCUUAAAAUCCAAAAGAAACUUGUCUUAAAUAUUCCUGUGUAUCAUAUACUUGCCAGUUGCCACCAAAAGAAUCCACCUACUACAGCAAAUACAUGCCCACCACCAAAGGGACUUUCCAUUUACAAGCCCAUGGACAAUGUUCUCAUUUGCAGGGACACAAGGGACACAAACUAAGAACAAGACUACAGCCUGACUUCACAGGUGAGUAAAUAUUUUGACCUGAAUUCAUAACAGAUUUUCCUAUUUCCACAGACUAUGACUGAUGAAGACUGAAAAAGACAUGAGAUGAUCAACAUGGACUACAACAGGACAUAAUACCAUACUACAAAAUUCAAAGUAAAAGACAGAGCAAAACAACAAAAACGGACCUAAUACAUUUCCAGCCCUGUUUAUACAUAAUUUCAUAGACCAUUCUUAAAGCGCAACAUAGGUUUUUUAAUGACGGUUUAAGUAGGUCAUUGGUUGCAGGGGUCUACCCACAAAAGCAUACCAACAGCUGUUAUUUAGAAAAGGAAAUAUAACCACAGAAUGUUCCAUGGUAAACUGUCACUUACAUGAGUGAUCCGAAAAAAAAGACAUUCUGCUGUGGUGGUUUUAACAUAUGCAAUUCAAUAGACUGCUGUUUAAUUAAUACUUUGUUUAGCAUUUGAUAGAGCAUUUAAAAAAAACUUAAAACUUAUUUACAAUUGAACAAUCACUUUGCGGCAUUUGAUUAAUUUUGUAUGAAUUGUAGAGCUAUCUUGUUUAUUAACUCUUUCAUUUUGGAUUAUUAUUUAUUAUAAUAAUCCGUAACAUUCAACACCACUCCCGAUCCAUGGCCAUUGUAGAUCAUUAGCGUGACAGUUGAAGUGGCUUAUAUGGUUAAAUGUUUUUGUGAAGGAUGAGAAUGAGAGGAAACUCAUCUACAGAAAUUUAUGGUAAAUACACCUACAAUUUCCUUGCUCCUCCUCAGUAGUUCUUCACAUAGUCCACACACUUACACGUGCAAAGACACACCAUAACCACUAACAGGCAAGAAAAUUGCAUUUAAUUGCAGGUAAAAUGCAUGCAUCAAUUAACUUUUCUGAAAACUAUUGCCUCUGUAUUAAAAUGUUAAACUUGGUGCAUCUUGUAAGAACUUUUCUUUCUAAUCUUAUCUUGUAUUAUUUUAAUGUAUUAUAAUGUUUCGCACUAAUUACUGUUGGUAUUGCUUUAAAGGGAUAGUUCACCCAAAAAUGAAAAUUCUGCCCCAGACCUGUUUGCUGUCCUACUUCUUUCAAAACAUCUUCUUUUGUACUCAACAGAACAAAAAAUAUAUGAAGUAAUUUCCCUUUCUAUCGGUCUCUCGACGUUGUGUCGAACCGACAGAUUGGGGUUUGUCUUGAGAACCUAUCAUCUUCUGAGUAUUUUGAAAAGGCCAAUGAAAAUUGGCGAAUUAAAUUUGCAUGCCGGACUCCUCCCCGGAUGUCCGGGUAUAAGAGGGAAGCCGGCGUGCUCAUUCAUUCACCGUUUGUUCUUCGGAGCCUUCGCUGAUGAAGAUCAACUCUUGCUACUUAGCAAAAAAACUCUACAUUGCGGUUCUACGACGUGGUGCAGCGGACUGUCCCUUCCUGCAGCGACUUCCCCUGGGCAUCUCGGCGGUUCCAGAGGUGUUCAAGCCAGCAGACGGUGCCUCAUUCUAGUCUGCAUUCUAAAAGAGCAAAUUUCUCCAGCGUGGCAUGUCCCGCUGUUCUCGUGGGUGCGGUGUCCUCAUCGAGGAAGGGGACAGGCACGAUGUCUGUCUCAAGUGUUUGGGUGUCCAGCACGCUGAGGCAGCCUUCGUGGACUCAUCUUGCCCGCACUGCAGGCAGAUGGUCAUGGAGAUGUUGCGGUCACGGGUGGCUGUCUUCUCCCGAGAACCAGCCACCACCUCGCAUGCUUCCCGGGCUGUGACGAGGAUGGCUAAGGCCAUUCCGUCCACCAAGGCGAGCGGCGAGGGUGAUAUGGGGGUCUCUGCGAGCGUUAAUCCGUCAGCCAAGUGCUCGCGGACCACUCGCACCCCGUCUCGCUCGCCUCACCAUUUCCUAGCAGACGGUACCACACCGUCGGCAUCCUCCUUCACGUAUUCGGACACGAUGCGUGAUGAAGAUGAGAUGUCAAUCGCAGCAUCGGAGAGCGAAUUGCUGGCAUCCGAUUCCGACGAUUCCUUGCAGCUCCCCCCCAAGGGGGGUCGAGCUCAGGAAGAGGCGGAUUUCGAGAUGUCGGCCAUGCUUUCCCGGGCCGCCGUGUGCAUUAAGUUAGAGUGCACUCCGGUGCCUCUCCCCCAGCGCUCGCGGAUGGAAACAUGGUUCUUGGGCUCUGAGCGUGACUCCAAGCCGCGCCCAACCCCGGUUCCGUUCUUCCCGGAAGUGCAUGAGGAACUGACGAAGAUGUGGAACGCCCCUUUUUCGGCACGUACAUGUCAAACCAGUUCCAUCGCUCUCUCUUCCCUCGAUGGUGGGGCAGCUAAGGGUUACGUCGAUGUGCCCCAGGUGGAACGCGCAGUCGCGGUGCACCUGUGCUCACAGGCGGUGUCCACCUGGAGAGGUCGACCGAAACUCCCAUCCAAGGCGUGUAGGACUUCGGCAUCACUGGUGUCGAAGGCCUACGCUGCUGCGGGCAAAGCUGCCUCCUCUCUCCAUGCCAUGGCCAUCCUGCAGGUCCACCAGGCCAAGGCGUUGAAAGAGAUCCACGAGGGUAAGACCAACCCAGGGUUAACGCAGGAACUCCGCUGCGUUACCUCGCUCCCCAGUAGGGCAGUUCCAUCUGAUGUAUCCUCAUGUUGGUUCCCACCUUGGUAACCCAUGACCUCCCUAGGUGGACCUCCACCUCGCGGUUUACUUCUUCAGUCCGCACUUCUUCCCAUGAGUUCUCCCCCAUCGGUGAGACCAUGUUGGUAUCUCCACUAACUCCUCCCUGUGGUAGAAAGUGGUCUCUGUAGCGCAUCCCCCACUUGAGGAAGUAGCGCUUACCCAGUGGCCUUACGGUUCCGGGCGGCUUCUCGCUGUUAGAGAAACAAGGCCGCCGCAUGUGAGGUCGAAGGCAGGGGCCUUCCUACCUUUCAAGAAAGCUCUGGGACCCCCUACCUACCCACUGGUAGGUUACAAUUUCGUGGUAGCACUCACGGCUGACACGCCCAAGCCAGUCACCGUCGCUUCGCUAGAGAUUGUGACAGGGCACAGUGUUAGGGCGUUUUCCAUAGGAACCCCAUCCGUCGGUUCGACGCAACGUCGAGAGACCGACAGAAAGGGAACAUCUCGGUUACGGAUGUAACCUCAGUUCCCUGAUGGAGGGAACGAGACGUUGUGUCCUCCUUGCCACAACACGUGCUGUCCUCUGCAGCAGUCGUGAGAGGUCUCAGGCUCCUCAGAACAAAGGUGAAUGAAUGAAGCACGCCAUCUCCCUUUUAUACCCAGAUUUCCGGGGGCGGAGUCCGGCAUGCAAAUUUCAUUUGCCAAGUUUCAUUGGCCUAUUCUAAGUAGUCGGAAGCGAUUGGUUCUCAGGGACGAACCCCAUCUGUCGGUUCGACACAACGUCUCGUUCCCUCCAUCAGGGAACUGAGGUUACAUCCAUAACCGAGACGUUUUUCAUUCAUGUAUGUACAUUUAAGAUGCAGAAAAGUGCCUAAAUGUUAUUAUUGUUGUCAUUGUUAUUUUAACUAUGUACAAUGUGUUGUGAA